GGUGCACUCGAAGCUUUGCAGAAGAACACCUGGGUGCACCUCGCUUGUCAUAGCAAACAGGACUACGAGCAGCCUUACAAUUCUCAUUUCGCCAUGAGAGAUAAACCUCUGACACUGCUCGACAUCAUAGAGAACGACACUCCGCACGCUGAGUUCGCAUUCUUAUCCGCUUGUCGUACCGCUGUCGGCGAUGAGGAGACGCCCGAUGAGGUCAUCCAUCUCGCAGCUGGUCUCCAGUUUGCGGGGUUCAAGAGUGUCAUUGGCACGCUGUGGGUGGUCGAUGACGCUGUCGCAAAACACGUUUUUGAAGCUUUCUACGAGAAGAUGUUUGAGAAGGGUGUUAUGGAUUGUACAAAGGCGGCCCGGGCACUCAACCACGCUACAAACGGCGUGAAGAAGAAGGUGCCGCUCGAGCAGAGGAUGGUUUUCAUUCAUAUUGGUGUAUAA